UAAACAUAUCCCAAGAAAUUUUGUAUUUGUACACGUUUGAAAUCAAAGAGUAUUUUUGUGGGAAUCCAGUAUUAUUAUAUUGAUUAAUGAACGAUUUUCGUAAACUUUACUUUGAAUUUCAUUUCAAAUGUAAAGAAUAAUCGUACAUGUCAUAUAUACAUACACAUGUACAUACAUAUUAUUCAAUGGAUGAUGAAAGUAUAUAUAUGAUUGAAUGAAUAAAUAAUAAUAAUAUAAUCAUAAAUAUAUUCAAUGCUAACAUAUAUCAAACAUAAAGCUUACGCGCGUGUCGUUUGGUAUGCGGUUUGUGUGUGUGUGUGUGUGUGCGUGUCGCACUUCGCAUACAUAUAAUAAAAUGUUUAUAAACCAAACAUAAUGGUACAAAAUUCUAAUAAUUAAAUAAAAUAUUAUGAAAAAGAACAUGCUUUUGAAAUUACGAUAAUGAAAUUGAUAAAACAAAAAUCACCAAAUACUACUCGUAUCAUAGUGAAAAGUUAAAUGCAGUAUGGUUAUGAGAAUUACCCAAAAUCGCGGGAAACGCGUCCUGUUGCUGUUCAGAGAUUCGUGAGGUUCGGUUAUAGUUUUUUACUAUUAAUAUAAAAAAAGAUGUUUAAUGUAACAAAAACUAUACUCUUGUGAAAAGAUCAAACAAAAUAGAUUAUUACUAUUGUGUAACAGAUACCAAUACGUGUCGUUUUUCUGUAAUAUAAAGUAACCCUUGAAAAUCGGCCAUCGCAGCUAUUUUCAGCGAUAAUGAAAAUUGUUUUCAACGAGUGAGCCCUUUAUAUACAAGUUCCUAAGUUUAUAUCUCUCUAAGUGUUGAAGAAGCGUAUAACGGUUCUUAUUACUGUAUUAUUGUCCAUCCAGAGUAAUGAACAUGUUGAAUUAGUUAAUAAACUAUGAGCUCUAUCAACGGAGUGAACAGCAAGGUGGGCAUAAUUACUGAAUCAAGAUUCGUCGAUCACGGCAGUAAUUUGGAUGCAACAAGAAACAAUUUUGAGUAUGACAAAAAGAACUUUAAUGUUGAAUCUAACACGGCCACAUCAUGUAAAAGUCGGUAUGGUAGGACAAUAAAACCCAAAUCUCCUAAAAAUGAAAUGGCUGGUUCUCCAAAGAGUAACAAGGUGUUGAAAGCCCGGAAAUCUCAAAAUUCAUCCGACAGCAGUAACGAAAGCAUGGAUGAAAAUAAUGCGAUCAAUGACUUGGACGAUACAAGUGAUUCUUCCAUUAGUUUGACCACCAUGGAUGAAACUGUUCCAAAGAUAAUUGGUUCAUCUAUACAGUGCAAUUGGAUAUUAGGUCAAUUAGCAUGGGCUCGUGUUGGUAAUUUCCCUUUCUGGCCUUGUGUAAUAACAUUAGAUCCAAUUUUAAUGACGUACCAUAGAUUAAAAACAACUGCCAGAUCCCAGAUAUUAAUGGUACAUGUUCGAUAUUUUGGAGAUAAAGGACGCCAUAGUUGGGUUUCUUCAAACUCUAUGAUACCGUUCACUAAUUUUGCUGAUUUUAAGAAACUGUCAGAAUCAGUGACUAUAGAAGUUAAGAAGAGAGAUGCAAAAUAUGCUGCUGCAUUUGUAGUAAAACCUGGAAUUAAAUCUAAAUGGGAAAGCGCAAUAGAAGAAGCUAUGGAAGUUCAACCAAUGAGCAAUGAAGACAGAUCUAAUAUAUUUAAACCUAAAGAGAAAAAUACAAAAAACAGAUCGCCAAAGAUAACUGCAUUAGAUGAAAAAGAUAAGGUUAACAAAAGAAAACAUUCACACGAUUCCAGUGGAUUUGACAUUAAACGUAUUAAAUCAGAUAAUGCAUAUGAAUUGGAAAAAUCGCAAUACAAAACAGAUGGAACAACAUCUAAAAUACUGAAACUGACAGAAAAUGGUAAAAGUAAUUCAAGACUUAAUUCUGAUACUCCUCCCUUGUCUCCUUUAAGCCAACGAGAUUCCAAUGAUGAAGUCUCUGUUGCGCAGAAAGUGGAAUUUAAGACUGAAGAGGAUGUAGAUGGUGUCUUUGAGGUUUAUUAUGAACGGAAUAGAGAUAUGUUGGAAGAUGAAUACCCUGAUGCAUCAGAACAGGAUAUUAAGAAAUAUUUAAAAAAAACUUGGGACUCGAUGAACUCCUCGUUUCGUAAAAAGUAUCGAUCGUAUGUAACUUCAGACGCCUCUGCUACUCAUAUUAAAGAAAAUUUAUCGGAUCAAGAAGAUUUAUCCACUGAUGUGGAAUCGAGUAUGAAGGAGAAUAAGAAAUCUAGAAUCAAAGUUGAAAAAGACGAAAUGAUUGCUUCAGAAACGAAAAAAAGUAGACCUUACAAUCUCUUUAAGGGAAUGAAGCAAGAGAAGGUGUGUCAGAUAUGUGAAAAAACUGGAAAGUUAACUAGAUGUAAAGGACCUUGUUAUUCAUAUUUUCAUUUAUCUUGUGUAAAACCUGGUGAAUCCAGUCCAGAACAUUCCAUCGACGACAGUACAAUGGAUGAUAAGAUACUCGAUGAUAUAAAGGAGAUUAAACAAAACAAUGUUGACGAAGAUGAAAAUAGCGGUAAAACCGAUGAACAAGAAGAUGAAUUAUUCAAAUGCAUUGAUUGUUUGUCAGGUGUAGCACCUGCUUGCUUCAUAUGUAAUGAAAGGGAAGGUGACAGAAUAAGAUGUACUGUCUUAGCCUGUGGAAAACAUUAUCACUCAUCCUGUUUAAAAUCGUGGCCGCAGUCUCAUUGGCAAGGAGGUCGAUUAACCUGCCCGUAUCAUAUGUGUCACACGUGCAGUUCCGACAAUCCUCAAGACAGUCAUUCAAGAACCCCAAAUGAGAAAUUGGCACGUUGUGUUCGAUGUCCUUCGUCUUAUCAUACAUCUACUUCUUGUUUGCCUGCUGGUUCAGUGAUUCUAACCGGCAGUCAAAUAGUUUGCCCAAAGCAUUAUCAGGCACCCCAUCCACCAGUAAAUGCAGCAUGGUGCUUUUUAUGUACAAGAGGUGGAAGUCUUAUUUGUUGCGACACGUGUCCAACUUCUUUUCAUCUCGAGUGUCUAGGAAUUGAUGCGCCGGAUGGUGCAUUUAUCUGUGAAGACUGUGAAACGGGCAGACUACCUUUAUACGGGGAAAUUGUGUGGGUUAAACUCGGUAAUUAUCGGUGGUGGCCAUCCCGUAUUUGCUAUCCGCAUCAAAUUCCUGAGAACAUAGAAGCUAUACCUCACAGUCCUGGUAAAUUUUGCGUGAUGUUUUUGGGAUCAAAUAAUUAUUAUUGGAUACAUAGGGGUCGCGCUUUCCUUUAUCAAGAUGGUGACGCAAAUAUAAAACCACCGAUCGGUAAAAAAAAUAAUAGAGACGAUACUUACCGGAAAGCGUUAGAGGAAGCUAAUGAUAUUCAUCAGCGUUUAAAGGUUGAAAGAGCUGCUGCUAAGGAUCAUGGACCCCGAGGAUUGAAACCACCACCUUACGUUAAAUUGAAAGUAAAUAAACCCGUUGGGAAUGUAAAACCGGUAGAAGUUGAAAGUAUUGUUGCUUGUGAUUGCGACGCAGAGUGGGAAAAUCCGUGUGCACCAGGAACAGAUUGCCUUAAUCGAAUAUUAUUAGUUGAAUGUAGCCCUGGUAUCUGUCCUGCUGGCCCGAAAUGUAAUAAUCAGGCAUUUGCGAGAAGACAAUAUCCUGCUAUGGAACCGUUUCACACUGUUGCCCGUGGAUGGGGUCUUAGAAGUUUAGAAUACAUUAAAGCAGGACAAUUUGUUAUCGAGUACGUAGGUGAAGUUAUAGACGAAGCUGAAUACAAACAAAGGCUGCAUAGAAAAAAGGAAUUAAAGAACGAGAAUUUUUAUUUUUUAACCAUAGACAAUAAUAGAAUGAUAGAUGCCGAACCAAAGGGCAAUUUAAGUCGAUUUAUGAAUCAUUCAUGUUCGCCAAACUGCGAGACUCAGAAAUGGACGGUAAAUGGAGACACGCGUAUAGGUCUGUUUGCGUUAUGCGAUAUAGAACCAGGUGAAGAAUUAACUUUUAAUUAUAAUUUAGCUUGCGACGGAGAAACUCGAAAGCCCUGCCUAUGCGGUGCAUCAAAUUGUAGCGGAUUUAUAGGUUUAAAGGUACAGAAAUCGCAGGUAACGACACCAUCGAUUCAUCAAAAGAAAUUUGAGAAAUUGGACAAAAUGAAACGUCAAAAGAGGUCGAGAAAACAUUUAACUUGUUGGGGCUGUGGACAAGAAAUUGAAAAAUUAGAAGACUUUGUAGUCUGUGACCAGAAGACAUGUAACAAAAAAUAUCAUAAAACAUGUGUAGUUAUCGACGAUGUGGACUCCAGGUUUAGUUGUCCUUGGCAUCAUUGUACAGCAUGUGGACGUAGAACAUCAGCACAUUGUUCUUUUUGCAGCGCUGCUUUCUGUCAAGUGCAUUUGGAAAGGAAUUUGUUUGAAUACGGCGAGAAAGGUGGUUUUGUUUGUAAGCUACACGAAAAUAUGGAAAUACAAAAAUCAUCCGUUGAAGAUGAAAAAGAUUAUUCAGAUAACGAGACCGAUACGGAUAGGGAAUUUUCUCCCACGGGGUCUACUAGUCCACUUGUGACAAUGGAAAAAGCUGUGCCACGCGAACCAUCGCCAAGAGUUUCCAUAGUAGAGGUUCAUCCAAGCAGUGAAGAAAGUGAGGAAUCUCAAAGGGAGGAUGACGAGGAAGUCAUACAACCUAACGAUUUUAUACCAUGUGAAUACAAUUCGAAAAAUAUGAAAAGGAAAACAUUGCACCGAUUGUCCCUUAGACUGAGGAAGGAGGAGAAUCGGGUAGAAGAGUUGAAUAACCUUACGUCUAGUCAACUGGAAGCCAUAAUUGGUGGUAGUUUAUACGAAUGAACCGUUUGUUCAUAACAAUCAAAUAGAUUUGAAUAGUGAAAUGUAUGGUAAUUCAUUUAUAAUUUCCAUGAAUGAUUACAGUGCAAACCAUUGUAAGAUAAUAGUAUAUGCAGUGACAUUCAUUCCAUGUCAAAUAGAUCAGUGAAAAAUCAAAUUUUAAUGAAGUACGAUUAUGCUAUUCAGAAAACAAACUCAAUUUUUGAAAUUAUUAAAUAACUAUACUAUACCUCAUAUAUGUUUAUCCAGUGAUAUACCUCCUUUAUUCGUAUAUUCGUUUUUUCUAUUUAUUAUAUACCUGUUUUUUAAAUAGUCGAGAAACAUCUGAAUUAUUAUUAGUUAAUAAAAAAUGUAUGUAAUCGUAUCUGUAUACAUACAUUUAUAUACAGUUAUAUACAUAUGUAUCCACAUAGAAAUUAUUUUGAAAGCAGAGCAAACAUCUAUUCCCGUAAAUGUUCUUUGCUUCGUCAGAUUGACAUGGAACUGAAUUCUGAUCAUCUUCAAACGAAAUGUAACGUGUAUACACUUGUUCGUGGUAAUCAUACAUUUCAGUUUUCUAAGUGUGCGGUUGAGUAUUUAACUUGAAACAGUGUGGCAUACUAAUUCAGUGCCUUGACUUAGUCAGGUUUAAUUCAGACUCCAAUAUGGAUGAACUCUCGAGGGCCCAAUAUUUAAUUUUACAAUAAUUCGGAUACCAAUUAGAUAGCCUGUUUCUAAUCAUUUGGUUUCCAUUUAAAUCUUUAUUCCAAAUGUGAACAAUUUGAAUCGGUUGAGUAACACUUUCUCCACCGUUGAAACAAUUAUAUAUCUUUACACUGCCUUGUAUAUUUUAAAACAUUUGUAUCAUGCGAAAUAUGUUAUUUUUAAGGGUACUUAGCGUUAAGGCGACGAUUAAACAAAAUCAUUAUCCAAUAUUACACGAUGAUGAAGUUAAAAGUAUCCUUUUUCUACGUGAGCGAAUGAAUCCCGUUCAUAAAUUCGUUCAAAUUGUAUUAUUAUUCAUUGUCCAGUUAAAACUCGAUAAUGUACAAUAGAUAGAAAAAUCAUUUCAUAGAACACAGCGUAGAUGUGAAUAUCGUAGAGCCAAGAGGAUAUCAUAAAUUUCUCAAUAGUGGUUUUGUUUGUGUACUUGAAAUUGUAUAUACGAAUAAGCGAGUCGUCAAUGGAAAUGCAAGAUGAAAAAUUAAUGCACCUAAAAAAAUUGUCUGUAAUAUAAGUAAAAAUUAUUAUUAUUUAUGUUACUUGACAGUCUUUAUCCUUAGUACGAUUUUAUUAAUAAUCUGAAGUACAGUUAAAAAUUCUUUCAGUGAAGUGGAUGCAAAUACAUAUAAUGUUUUUAUAUGGGUUGCUGAUUUCUGAUUAUUUGUACAAUUAUGAAUUUGUUUUGUUUUAUUUUCUUUCAUAUACCUCGUAUGUUGUAUUAUUUAGCGAAAGUAUCUUUCCUGGUAAAUUCUCACCAGAAUUGUUAAAAAUCUGCUCUGAGUACAAAAGCAAGAUGUACUGGUCGUUCGAGUUUAUGUAGUAGUUAUUUUAGGAGGUAAUUUUACAAGUCAAAGUAAAACUAUGAACAAACGGCGAGAUUACGACGAUUCACCAAUAGUGUUGCGCAUCAAACAGAUAGUAUAAACGCAAGUAGUAACAUACCGUACGAAAAACAGAAACAAUGGAUACGCCACUAUAGAUGAAUUAUAAUCGCCGAUAACUCAAAAACGGGGAGAUUUUUUGCUUUCUUAACUUUAUCUUAGUUUGGCUUGUAAAGUUAUUCCUUAAAGAGCUACACACAGUCGAACGCCUUGUAGAAUCCAUCGUGAAAUGAAUACGAAUCUUAUUCAUUAGGUGUCACGAUGUAACAGUUCUUUUUAUUCGAAUAAUAUGUGUUUAAACUGGGUGCAGAUAAAAAAUUAAUGUGGAAAAAAGACACACAAUAAAACAAUAGAGGAAUAACUUUUGCAAAUAUCUCUUACGAAAAUAGGAAAUGCAGAUAAAUAAUAACAUAAACCGUCCUUCUUGUCGUUGUUAUUAUUAUAAUAUAACUAAUUAGAUAAUAUAUUAUUUAAAAAUUCUUUUAAAUUAAUAUAAGGAGAAAUGAAUUUCCUUCUUGACGGUCGUUAAUCAAGUCUGAAUCUUUCCAUACAAAAAAAGAUCUGGUAAACAAAAAAUGAUAUACUAAGUAAGUAGUACUGUUUGGAUAAUUUCAAUGUUAUACCGACAAUGUAAUAAGUGAAUUCGGUUUCAUUUCCGAAACGUGUCGAUCACAUUCAAUAUACGAUAUAUCGUAUCACAAUGCACAAAAUUAUAAUAAAUUAGAGCAUGUAUCAUACUUCACUGCAUUUACACUGAACGACUUUAAUUCUCUAAUUGCACGAUUCGAAUUCUUAAAUGUAAAAGAACAAUCAUGCUGUCGAUUCUUUACCAUAAUUCUGAUAAAGCUUCGGACUCUCUUGUAUCGAAGAAGUACUAGUACUUCUUAAACUAGGCAAAUUGAGAUCUGAAAUUGUUCUGGCAGACACAGUUUCCUCCAUAGAAACUUGUUUUUCUCUCAAUACCGGUGCAAUAAAAUUUUGUCCACCUGACAAAUCCCUUUUCACCGCUUGUGUCUGUAAAACGAACAAGUUCAACGAUAUCGUUACAGUAAUAUAGUCAAGAUACACGAUCAAAGACAAAUACAUGAGGCAACAUUUGUCAAUCAUACCUUUGACUUCGAUGAAGGCAAGGUAGCUCCAGUAACAAGGCCCAAAAUACUUGCUGCAAAACCGCUAAGUUGUACAGCGGCUAACGGUGAUAAACCUUUUCUUACUAAGCCCAGCGCCAAUAAUGCGGCUUGAGCCAAAAUUGGAGCGGCUCCGGUGGCGUUUGCCGCUGCCCCUGCUAACUGGCCGCCGCCAACACUUGGUCCGUACGCGAAGCACAAGUUAUGCCUAUCCACCUAUUCAACAUCAAACACAAUAAUACAUCUGUUUAGUAAUAGGAUAUUGUUAUACCGUGAGCUAGUGAAUUUAAAUCUGAAACAUUUAAACAUACCAAAUGUUUCACUACAAGAUACAGCAGCCCAAAGGGAGUAAUUAAUGGACAGGCUAAACUGUACACCGUCGUCAUAGUAAAAACUAAGACUAACCAAGCAUAAUGAGCACCCAGAGGAAAUUCCCAUAACACUGCUUUUCUAACGUGUACUCUUUCUGCUCUACUACGAGCCAUACACAGCCUGAAGGUAUACAUCGCUAGUUCUGGGAAUCUGACCAAUUCCAAUCCACUUCCAAGUAAGGCCGCGGUAAUAACGUAAUUUACAAAUAGAGCACCCUAUAAAAAUACAGUGUUCUAGAAUUUAUCAACAAAUAUAUUUAAUGAAAUUUCGAAACACGUUUAUUGUAUUAUCAUUGCGAUCGUACCUGAUCUGGUAAAAAUACACAAUCCCAUCUUCCUGUGUCAUUCAGAGGGUUCACGGUCCACUCUAAAAAUGCCUGAGCACUGGUUAAUCCUAAGCUAGGUAAUAUAAGAACCAUAAGUAGUAACAGAAGUAAUGUUUUUGUCAUUAACGCCCGAUUUAAACUGCUUCUGGUCCAAUGUCGAACUAACGAUUCACUUCUUGCCACUAAUACGGGCAUUAAAGCAGCUACACUGACCAACACUACGGUUGGAAGGAAAGAUGAAACUACUGGGCUAAGAUUCUUAAUGUCUCCUGUAAUUGGUAAUUUGUUCAGAGCAGACACUAUUACCUAAAACAAAGAUUACGAGUAUUACAUUAUCAUUCUAAUGUCCUGAAAUCAGGUUUAAAUGUAUUUCGAAUGUUCCGCAAUACUACUUCGGCUGAAAAUUACUUACAGCUGGUGUAGUAAUAAAGAAUAGUAUGAUACCCAAAGCAAAAUUGACUAACACCGCAUUCACAUACCAAUAUGGUCUUGGUAUACUCAGGUUUUCCCAAAAGAUGUCGG